AUGGCAUCCCCAGAGAUCCAGGCUAUGCUCAGCAAGAUCGAAGGUUCUGGAGACGAGCAAAAUGGCUACGAAGCCCUCUUCGCAAGCCUCUACAAUACCCCUUCCUCGAAAGUCCUCCCCAAAGACCUCAUCGCGGUAAUUGACAGCAUCUUCGCCUGCGCUCUGGGAAUAGUAGCGACCCGAAAUCUCACCCUCUCCUUCGUCCAAACCCUGAAAUCGGUCGGCAGCAACGAGACCAAAAUCGAAGUCGGCGAACAUGCACUAUCAAUCUUCCAAUCGCAAGCCUCCUCCUUCGAAGAGCAGAAUGCCCAGAUCCGCGAGCUUAUGGCUGGUGCGUACGAAAAAGACGAAGACUUUCUUGCGGCUGCGAAGAUCCUUGCUGGAAUCCCGCUGGAGAGCUCUCAGCGCAAGAUCACGAACCGCGAUAAGGUUGGUUUCUGGAUUCGCAUCACGAGAAAUUACCUGGAGGUGGAUGAUACUGCGUUGGCAGAGCAAUACCUGAACAAGGCGAAGAAUUUGAUCUACACUGUGACGGACCGAGAGAUGAACCUGCAUUUUAGUCUUUGCCAGGCACGAAUCCAAGAUGCCAGACGUAAUUUCCUGGAUGCGGCGCAAGGUUACCAGGACCUCAGCUUUAUGCCGAUUAUUGCUGAGGAAGAGAGAUUGCAUACGCUGAGCAUGGCUAUAAAAUGCGCUGUCCUUGCUCCUGCUGGACCAGCCCGAAGCCGUGCACUGGGACGUCUGUACAAAGACGAGAGAGUGAGUACGCUGGAGGAGUACAGCAUUCUGGAGAAGAUGUUCCUGGAUCGCCUGUUAAGUCCGGAGGAGGUUGCCAAGUUCGCGGAGGGUCUGGCACAACACCAACUGGCGAGGACAUCAGAUGGAAGUACGGUUCUGGACAAGGCAGUGGUUGAACACAAUUUAAGAGCUGCUUCGAGACUGUACAGCAAUGUUGGCUUUGAUGCAUUGGGACUGCUGCUUGGUCUGGAUGGGGACAAAGCCGAGGAAACCACUGCUAGGAUGAUUGAGCAGGGUCGCCUGAGGGGACGUAUCGAUCAAAUCGAGCGAUUCAUCUGGUUCGAGGGUGGGGAAGCUACGGGCGAGAAGGGAAGUGGCAGAUCGGAGGGUGUUGUGGGACGAGAGCUGAAGCAAUGGGAUUCAAAUGUUCAGGGUCUAGCUGAAGAAGUCGAGAAGGUUACUUCGGAGCUUCAGCUCGUUUAUCCCGAGUUUGUUGCAAAGCAUCUGGUUUUAUGA